UUCAGCCAUGGCGCCAUCAAGAAACAGAGCACACCAUUUAACAAUUAGGACGUUCUAACCUGUAUUAUUAAUCAAACAUAACAUCAUCAUUCGUCAGUACUUUGUUUCGAACCAGCCGCCUAGUUCCGAACUCUUGACCUCCCACUCUCCCAGUCUCUCUGCAUCAUUUGCUGAAUCAAUUUGCAACUUGCAACUUCUCUAGUUUCUGUCACUUUAUCAAAAUCUGAGUUGCCAGAGCCCAGAAAGACCUUUACUUUACGUACCGUUGCACUGCUUGUUUCCCGGGAAAUACACUACUAUAUCUUGAUCUAGUUUUGGCCCAGAUCCGGAUUCAAUGCCAGAACCAAGAAAGUCCAGUACUUUGCACAUAAACAAUUACCCACAGGUCAACUCCACGUUCAGAUAGCUCCACUUUCCCAUGAUACCAUGGCAUGAACAGCAAAUAAACAAAGCACAGAAAACUUGGGUGGAGUUGAGUAUCUUGAACGCCCAAACCGGCGCCUCACAUUCACCAAGGUUUCCCCUUCCCAAUUUCAUACUCCAAAACCCACAUGCCCUGAAACUUUCGCUUUCCUUCCAUUACCAGGAAUCCAGGAUUCCCGUUAAAUUCUCUAGCCAGUAGACAGUCUUGCUCCCCUCUGCAAUCACAUUGCUUGUGAUUAAUAUAUAUACAACCACUAGACUAGACUCCACAUGCUCUCAUAAGUCAUAUCAUAACCACGGCUAGCUCUCUGUCAAUGCAAUAGUCAGAAUGGGAGUUGGAGCAAGCGAAGAUCACCGCCACGCCAGCUACCAGAAGAAGCAGAAUGGAGGGCAAUCUCAAACCAGAUCCUCCAAGUUCAAGACCUUCAUCCUCAUCGUCCUGACGAACCUCUUCACCAUCUACAUCCUCACGGGCCCUUACUCUUUCGACCUCGAGGUCCCCUCUACGCGCCUCCAGUCCUUCACCAACUGGAACUCCACUUCUUCCACCCUCGCCGCCGAGCUCCACUCCACAAAGCAGCAGCUGGCCACGUCCCAUUCGGUCAUCACCGACCUGCUGCAUCGCCUCAACUCCACCAACCUCCUCCUCCAGUCCCUCCUCAUCGAGCUCAGCACCCGCAGGAGCACGAACAGUGAGGAUGACAAUGAUGUACAUCAAUCCAUCACCACGGCGAGGCAGCUGAUUAUGAACUUGCCUCGGGAGGUCCAGCUCGCGAUGGGACCCCAUAAGUUGCCUCUGGGGUUCCAUCCGAGGACAGGAUCCGACGAGAUCCAUCCUCCUGUGGGAGCAGGAUGCCUGAACUACCCCAAGGAGCUGGAACAGUUCCUGACCUACGAGGUCGGGGGUGAGUGUCCUCUGGACGAUGUUUUCGCCCAGAGGAUGAUGCUCAGAGGGUGCGAGCCUCUCCCUCGCAGGAGAUGCCACCCUCCAUCUCCUCGAAACUAUGUCCACCCCACGCCUUUCCCGGAGUCUCUCUGGACCACACCUGCAGAUACAAGCAUCGUCUGGGAGCCAUACACCUGCAAGAGCUACAAGUGCCUGGUGGAUCGCAAGAAGUUCCCCGGUUUCUUCGACUGCAAGGAUUGUUUCGACCUCGAGGGGAGGGAGAAGGUGAGGUGGAUGGUCGACAGGGGAGGGCUCGAUUUCGGGAUGGAUCAGGUACUUGCAACGAGGCCACGUGGCACGAUCCGAAUCGGGAUGGACAUUGGUGGAGGCAGUGGCACAUUUGCUGCGAGAAUGAGGGAGAGGAACAUCACCAUCAUAACCAGUACCAUGAACUUGGACGGUCCGUUCAACAGCUUCAUCGCGUCGAGAGGGCUUAUCUCGAUCCAUUUCAGCGUCUCUCAGAGGCUUCCAUUUUUCGAGAACACGAUGGAUAUUGUCCACUCCAUGCACGUUCUCAGUAAUUGGAUCCCUGACGUGAUGCUGGAGUUUACCCUGUAUGAUAUCUACAGAGUGCUGAGGCCCGGCGGGUUGUUUUGGCUCGAUCAUUUCUUCUGCUUCGGGUCGCAACUCAAUGGGACCUAUAUUCCUAUGUUGGAUCGGGUCGGGUUCAAGAAGCUCAGGUGGCAUGCUGGGAAGAAGCUCGAUAAGGGCGCUGAUAAGAACGAGUGGUAUUUCUCUGCCUUGCUGGAGAAACCCAUGUCUUAGUUCCAUCAUCUCAUCGUCCAUAUUAUGCUUCCUCUUUUAUCCUCUUCUGCUGCUGCUGUUUUCUAUACCCCUUUGAGUAGAGACUUGACAGUUGUUUGUUAUAUUUGAUCCUGCAAGGGAAUAUGAUUCAUACAUGAAUUUCUAAUAAUAACUCGAGCGAUUGAACAAAUCAAUCACUUGGGUAUCAAGUCAUUGGUUCAGGAACCGGAUUCUGCAGCUGCAACCACAUAGGUAGGCCUAUGAACAAAUUAAAUGAUCACAA